AUGGCCGAGCAGCGCCCGCCGCGCCUCCCCUACUUCCCCCACUUCCACGACCGCGCCGAGCCCGUCCUGCCCCCGGCCGACGGCUGCGGUCUCUGGACGCCCUUCUCGGCCUUCUGCUGGCCGCGGCCGCCCCCGCCGGCUGCCGUCGCGGUGCCGCGCUGGGCUGCGGGGCUGGCGCCCAUCGCCUACGAGCCGCUGCGUUUCUUCGGGCCGCCGCCGGCAGCAGCUGGCGUGGGGGCGGCGAGGCGGCUUGAGGAGCAGCCGCAGCUGGAGGACGAGAUCUGCGAGCUGGGCAUCCGCCUCAAGGAGCUGGAGCUGCUGGCGCUCAUCGGCGAAGGCUUCGACGCCCGGCAGUAUAAACUUCUGGAGGCACUGAAGGAACAAAAGAUACAAAGCAUGAAAGCAUGGCAGAAGCUGAAGAAAUGGCCACCAAUAUCAUGA